AUGGCUGCCGUGAAUGUUGGCAUGCCUCAGCAAGUGUGUGGUGGUAUGGUGAUGCCUUCAAACAUGCAAAAUUGUCAAGUUCCACCGGGGCAAGUUAUUGCUGCUCAACAUUAUCAGCAGCAACAACAAACGUAUCAGCAGCAUUAUCUUGGAUUACCUGGACAACCUGCCAUACAAAAGCAAGAUACAAAUGUCAUUCAAAAUAAUAUGUCACCUUCUAUUUGCCCUUAUGGAACGCCUCAGAAAGGUUCGCCGAUGCAACCUACUGGUGCUCCUAUGUCACAACAACAACAACAGCAGUAUGUUGUCGCACUUCAACAACAACAGCAUGGGCAACAAACACUGCAGAAUCAAUGCUAUGUAUCUCCUCAACAACAAGCACCAUGGGCAAAUACACCUAACCAAAUGUCUCAAUGCGGCAUGCAACAACAACAAAAUGCUUUAAACGAUUAUCAAUCUACUGCUGCUAUAACAAAUCAAUCUCAUUGUCAACAACAACAUCCGCAACAAUUGGUUCAGUCACAGCAAGCUUUCCGAACUCCAGGAACUCCACAUUACUUUUCUCAAUCACCUGCUAGCGCUACACCUUUCUAUUCUCCUCCACCAUCUCACAAUCAACAAAUGGUCGGGACACCAAUUGGUAAUGGAAGUGGAGGAGGAACUUGUGUUGGUAUGCAAGGAAGUGGACCUGGACACUUAACACCUGUUUCUGCUACUGCUGGUGGGCCGACUCCUCCGCAUUCUGCUGGAAGUUUUGGAAGUAUGAUUUUAUUCUAA